AGCAUUUCUCAUCUUCUCAUUUCUCUAUCUUCGUCGCGGCUUUUCAUUCGUUGGCAUCUGUUCUCUCUCGGCUUGCGAAGAGAGAGAAAGUGAGUGGGGGGAGGACGAGCGUUAGGGUUUUGUUUCUGGGUUUGAGAAGGGGAAAAGAUGAGAGAGAUCAUUAGCAUCCACAUUGGGCAGGCGGGGAUCCAGGUUGGUAACUCCUGUUGGGAGUUGUACUGCCUCGAGCAUGGGAUCCAACCCGAUGGCAUGAUGCCGAGUGAUACGUCAGUGGGCGUUGCUCAUGACGCCUUCAAUACCUUCUUCAGCGAGACAGGUGCAGGUAAGCAUGUACCGAGAGCAGUAUUUGUAGAUCUUGAGCCAACUGUAAUCGAUGAGGUGAGGACUGGUGCCUACAGGCAACUCUUCCAUCCAGAACAGCUGAUCUCUGGGAAGGAAGAUGCUGCAAAUAACUUUGCUAGGGGACAUUACACAGUUGGAAAAGAGAUUGUGGACUUGUGCCUUGACCGGGUUAGAAAAUUAGCAGACAAUUGCACUGGUUUGCAGGGUUUUCUAGUUUUCAACGCUGUCGGUGGUGGCACUGGAUCUGGAUUGGGCUCGUUGUUGUUAGAGAGGUUGUCCGUGGACUACGGAAAAAAAUCAAAACUUGGCUUUACCAUCUAUCCUUCCCCACAGGUUUCCACAGCAGUAGUUGAGCCAUAUAACAGCGUCCUGUCCACACACUCGCUGCUGGAGCACACUGAUGUUGCUGUCCUUUUGGACAAUGAGGCCAUUUAUGAUAUCUGCAGGCGGUCUCUCGAUAUUGAGAGGCCUACUUACACCAACCUCAACCGUUUGAUCUCUCAGAUCAUUUCAUCCCUGACCACUUCUCUUAGGUUUGAUGGAGCUAUCAAUGUUGAUAUAACUGAGUUCCAGACCAACCUUGUACCCUACCCUCGAAUCCAUUUCAUGCUUUCCUCAUAUGCUCCGGUCAUCUCCGCCGAGAAGGCAUACCACGAACAGCACUCAGUUCCUGAGAUCACUAAUGCGGUCUUUGAACCUUCAAAUAUGAUGGCCAAGUGUGACCCAAGGCAUGGGAAGUACAUGGCUUGCUGCCUCAUGUACCGUGGAGAUGUUGUCCCCAAGGAUGUUAAUGCAGCCGUUGCCACAAUCAAAACAAAGAGGACAGUUCAAUUUGUUGAUUGGUGCCCAACGGGUUUCAAGUGCGGAAUCAACUACCAACCUCCUACUGUUGUUCCUGGAGGUGAUCUCGCCAAGGUGCAACGUGCAGUGUGCAUGAUUAGCAACAACACUGCUGUGGCUGAGGUGUUCUCCCGCAUUGACCACAAGUUUGAUCUCAUGUAUGCAAAACGUGCUUUUGUGCAUUGGUAUGUGGGAGAAGGAAUGGAAGAAGGAGAGUUCUCCGAGGCUCGGGAGGAUCUUGCAGCCCUCGAGAAAGACUAUGAAGAAGUUGGCGCUGAGGGUGCUGAUGAUGAUGUAGAUGAAGCAGAGGACUAUUGAGUUUGUGGCUAUGCAUUGAAUGUGUGUGAUUCUAGUCUUCUUUGUUAAUUUGUUUUGUUGUAAUUCUGCUAGAUAUACUGUCAUGUCAGCCUACAUUUCAAACCUUUGUGGUGGUGGUGGUGGUCUUUAUGUGUGCUUUACCUUUGAUUUUUGAACUUAACUUGUUCAUGGAAUUGCUUAGCUUCGUUUCCUCAUCUUCUUUUA